AUGGGUAAAAUAUCAAAAGUAGUCAUUUGUGGGCAGGCAGGCGUUGGCAAAACUGCUGUACUUGAACAGCUGAUAAAUGGUGAUCAUGUUGUUGGCUCAUCAAUGUUUUCGACAAUAGAAGAUAUCUAUGUUGCUCAAAUAGAUACAGAUAAAAAUCAAAAAGAAAAAGUACAUUUCUAUGACACAGCUGGUCUAGAUCAUUCAAGACCGGAGUUGGCAAAACAUUAUCUUUCUUAUGCUGAUGGUUUCAUAAUUGUAUAUGAUGUUACCAAUGAAUUAUCAUUUCAUUGCAUGGAUAAGCUGAAGAAAUUUAUAGAAAAAAAUAAAGAAAAGAAAGAGGCAGUAAUAAUAGCUCUGGGAAAUAAAUGUGAUUUGAAAGAUGCCAGAAAAGUUGAUUUUAGCGUAGCAAAUAGGUGGGCGCAAACUGAGAAAGUGAGACUCUGGGAAAUAUCUGUUAGUAAUCGUCAGUCUUUGAUCGAUCCAUUUGUUUGGUUGACAAGCAAGAUUAACCAGCCACCAAGUAGAUUUUGUGACUUUUUUUAUCUUAUGAAACGUUAG